AUGAACAGCUUAUCCUCGGCCGGAGAGGCACAAUUGUCGACCACCGAUCGCAAACGGGCAACUACGGCGGGGUUGACACUGGCGGGAGGAGGGUGGAUGAGCAACCUAAUCGUGUAUCUAAUACAAGAAUUCAAUGUGAAAAGCAUAAAUGCUGCUCAAAUCUCCAACAUUGUUAAUGCCUGCACCAGUUUGAUUCCUGUACUCGGAGCCAUCAUAGCUGACUCUUUCUUUGGCUGCUUUUCAGUCGUCUGGAUCUCUUCUUCCAUCUCUUUGCUGGGCAGUAUUUUAUUGGCUCUAACUGCAAUUCUCCAUUCCCUGAGACCUCAGCCAUGUGAAAAUGGAUCAUCAACCUUGUGCAAAAACCCAUCAAAACUCCAAUUUGCAGUACUCUAUGGUGGCAUAGCUUUGGCCUCUAUAGGCGUUGGUGGUACACGGUUUAUUGUAGCAACAAUGGGAGCAAAUCAAUUCAAAAAGCCAAAGGCCCAAUCAACUUUCUUCAACUGGUACUUCUUCACCAUAUACACAGCUGCUGUACUUUCUACGACAGCCAUUGUCUUCAUUGAAGAUAAUGUGAGUUGGGCAUGUGGAUUUGGCAUAACUGUAGCGGCAAAUGCACUUGGUUUAGCCAUUUUCCUUCUGGGAAACCGAUUCUACCACCAUGUUGAGCCAGAAGGGAGCCCGUUCACAGGUUUGGCUCGUGUUGUGGUGGCUACCAUUCGGAAAAGGAAGGUUGGGCAGCUCUCAUCUGGUAGUGAAAAUUAUUACCAUGGCCAUGACGGAGUACCGCUGAAGAUAAUGGCUGCAACACCAACAAAAAGCUUCAGGUUCCUAAAUCGUGCAGCAUUGAUAACCGAAGGAGACAUCAACCCUGACGGGUCGAUCGCAAAACCAUGGAAGCUUUGUACCAUACAACAUGUAGAAGACCUGAAAACCCUAAUCAGAAUCCUCCCAAUAUGGUCUAGUAGUAUAUUCCUAGCCACCCCAAUAGGCAUACAAGCCACCUUGUCUAUCCUCCAAGCUCUAACCAUGGACCGCCACAUCGGUCCUCAUUUCAAAUUCCCAGCAGGGUCCAUCCUAGUCUUUGUUCUAGUCUCCACCUCCAUCUCCCUCACCAUGUUGGAUCGACUCGUAUGGCCAACGUGGCAGAAUUUGAUUGGUCGAUCUCCAACGCCCCUCCAGCGAAUUGGGGUUGGCCACGUGUUGAAUGUGGUGGGCAUGGUUGUGUCAGCCCUGGUUGAAUCAAAGAGACUCAGCAUAGCCCAGUCCCACCACUUUCAAGGCCAACCAAGUUCCAAUAUUGUCCCCAUUUCAGUCCUGUGGCUAGUGCCACAACUUGUGCUUGUGGGCAUUGGAGAAGCAUUUCAUUUCCCUGGACAAGUAACUUUAUACUACCAAGAAUUUCCGACCUCCCUGAAAAACCUGUCGACCGCAAUAAUUUCAUUGAUUAUUGGAAUUGCAUUUUACCUUAGCACAGCUUUGAUCGACCUUACUCGAAGGGUGACAGAUUGGUUACCAGAUAACAUAAAUGAUGGGAGGCUAGACAAUGUGUAUUGGCUAUUAGUUGGGAUUGGGGUGGUGAACUUUGGUUAUUAUCUAAUAUGUGCCAUGUUGUACAAGUAUCAGAGUGUGGAAAACAGGGUGGACGUUUCCCCCCAGCUCUGAUAUGGAGCACAGAUCUAUGUAAUCCUUUUGUCUGUAUAAGUAUGUAGCACUAUGUAUAUCAAAAUGUG